ACGUUUCUGCACUUGAAGAAGUCCUAUCCAACAUGACCAACGUACCGCGGUCUCUCACUUACUCUUCCCUAACCCUAUUCAAGCAAGCCAUCGCUGCCUCAGAUCCAUGGCCCUUCUCCUGCGUCUUCCUCUAAGAUUCUCCAUCUAGGCUCUAGCUAGGGCUUGCUCUAGGGUUUGUCUCUGUGUGAUCUUCCUCCUUUCUCUUUUCUGGGUUGUUUUUCUUUUCAGAUAUGGGUACGAAUUUCCAUCUGCACCUCCCUCACCUUCAUCAUCAUCAUCACAGCAACCACAAGAACAAGCAGGUGAAUGGCCGAGACGUUCCGAAGGGGUGUCUGGCCAUCAAGGUGGGCGUGGGAGAAGAGCAGCAGAGGUUCGUGGUGCCUGUGCUUUACUUCAACCACCCGCUCUUCAUUCAGCUCUUGAAGGAAGCAGAGAAGGAGUACGGGUUCGAUCAGAAGGGCACCAUCACCAUCCCUUGCCAUGUGGAGGAGUUCCGGUACGUUCAGGGCAUGAUUGACAGGGAGAGGUCCGUCCACGGCCACCACCAUCACCACCACGUAGGGUGCUUUAGGGUUUGAUGAUCAUCGAGAUUCUAUCUAUCUUGUGCUAGAUUAGGCUUGAGACCCAGUUCCAAUUGUGUAAAUUUGGAGUCUUUGUUUCUUCUUGAUUAGUUUUUGUGUCUUGGUUGUUAGUUGGAAGAUGAUGGCAAAGGUGAGGUAGUGAUGAUGGAUGAUGAUGAUGAAAAGUUUGAAUGUGGCUUGCCAAUUGUAGUCAUUUUGUAUUUUCUUAGGAACCAUAAUGAAAAAGAGAGUUUACUCACUUGAGAGCUCUUCUUUUUUCC